AGUCGGGGGAGAGGCGAAGGGGAAGAAAGGGGGAGGAAGUGCGGCUCUCGAUUCUUUCCCGCCCCCCCGCUUUCGUGGCUGGCGUUACCCGGGACUGGGGUGGGUGAUAUCCAGGGAAGUACUGUGCUUCGGCAACCCACGUAACAAGUCCCUGGGCCAGGGCUGGGCAAGAGGCAACCAUGACAAGCUCCCCUGUCUCCAGAGUUGUUUACAAUGGCAAGAGAAACAGCAGCCCCCGCUCCCCAAGCAACAGCAGUGAGAUCUUCACGCCUGCACAUGAGGAGAAUGUGCGCUUCAUCUAUGAAGCGUGGCAAUGUGUGGAGCGGGAUCUCCGCAGCCAGAUGGCAGGUGGUGAACGGGGACUUGUGGAAGAGUAUGUAGAGAAGAUGCCAAACCCCAGUCUGAAGGGUGAGUUUCCUUUUGCCAGUUAUGCACUUUCAAAGUGAGGUCUGAUUUAGCUAAAGUCAUACAUAUUUUGCUGAAAUUCAGCUUUGAUUGCUCUAAUGCAUUAUGUAUGCAAAUGCUUUUGAAGAGCCUUCAGAAAUUUGUGGGUCCCUACUGCAGCUGCAAGAAUUUUAUCUGAAACUCAUUGCUGAAAGCAUAUAACUCCAGUACUGUCCUAUGUUUAUCAGCUUCAAUAUUGUUUAUUGGGUUGAUUCAAAGAGCCAUUCAAAGCCAUUAACCUUUAAAUGGCUUUGGACCAAGGUAUCUAAAGGACUGCCUCCUUCAGUAUGAAUUAUUUCUUAAAUUUAUAUCCCACCUUUUUCUUUU